GUAAUAUUAAUAGGCAAACAAACACAGAGGAUUAUUGAAGAGGUUUUGGACUUUUAUCUACAAAAAGCAGGAUAAAGCAACUGGACGGACUCACCACCAGCAUUGAUUAUAUAUUCUUAAUUGCAAAAUCACACAAAUAUAUUGAUACACCCGGAGUGUAAUUUUUGUGAAUGCAGCAGUGCUCUGGAAAAAUGUGGACCUGUAUAACAGAUUUUUUUACAUAUGAGACUACCAAGUCUGUGGUGGUAAAGAGCUGGACUAUCGGCAUCAUCAACCGAGUCGUGCAACUCCUCAUCAUCACAUACUUCAUUGGCUGGGUGUUUUUGUAUGAGAAAGCAUAUCAAGUAAGAGACACGGCCAUCGAGUCUUCAGUCAUGACUAAAGUAAAAGGCUUUGGAGAGUACAACAACCGCAUCAUGGAUGUGGCGGAUUAUGUCACACCUACUCAAGGGGCGUCAGUGUUCUGCGUCAUCACUAAACUUAUCACCACAGAAAACCAAGUUCAGGGAAACUGUCCAGAGAGUGAGGUGAAAUUCAAAUGUGAGAAUGACAAUAAAUGUAAGCAGCUGAUGACAAAACCAUCUAGUAAUGGGUUGCUGACAGGACGGUGUGUGCACUUUAAUACUACCCAAAAAACUUGUGAGAUCAAAGGAUGGUGCCCUGCAGAGAUUGACGAAGUCCAGCCAAAGCCCAUGAUGGAGGUGGAGAACUUCACCAUAUUUAUCAAGAACAGCAUUCGCUUCCCACGUUUUAACUUCACCAAGGGAAACUUUUUGGCCAACAUCAACAGUUCAUACAUAAAGGGAUGUAAUUUUGACUUUGAGAGGAACAUGUAUUGUCCGAUAUUCAAAGUGGGGGAUGUGAUCCGAUUCGCCCAGCAAAACUUUACAACUCUUGCUACAAAAGGGGGAGUGAUAGGAAUAAAAAUAGCCUGGGUGUGUGAUUUAGACAAGGCAGAUGAUGAGUGUAAGCCUGCCUAUUCCUUCACCCGUCUGGACGCCAUGUCAGAGAAGACCACCGUUUCUCCAGGAUACAACUUCAGGUACGCAAAGUAUUUUAAAAUGGAGAACGGAACUGAGUAUCGCACCCUGCUGAAAGCCUACGCCAUCAGAUUUGAUGUGCUGGUCAAUGGAGACGCAGGAAAAUUUGACAUGAUCCCAACUCUAAUCAACAUGGUGGCUGCUUUCACCUCUGUUGGUGUGGGUACAGUGCUUUGCGACAUCAUUUUGCUGAACUUCUUGAAAGGAGCAGACCAGUAUAAGGCCAAGAAAUUUGAAGAGGUGUCAGAUUCACAUAUUCAGAGCUCUGGUUCACUGUACAGGACCAGAGACCACAGCCAGCAGUCCAUCAAAACCGACGAGAAGUUUUCCAACGACUCCGGCGCCUUUUCCAUCGAACGUUACAGCUAAUAAUGCUAAUCGCAGGAUUGAAAUGAGUUGAUUUGUCACAUUUUCAUUUCUUCAUCAAGUCAUCGCACUUAAUUAAUCUUUAUCAUUGCCAUUAUUCAUUUAGCAUUAUUCGGAACUAAUCCUUGCACUUUACACACAAUACAGACUAAAGACAGGGUGCGAAUUACAGGGGGGGAGGGCGUGGUUUAAGCUCUCCUCCUAAUUAACACUCGAUCCCCCUGAAAAACGUCUAAAGAAGAUGAACGGGGCUCAGCCCUUUAAUAUUGAGAAAUAGUUCCCUCUGAUCUGUAUUUUAAAUAAUAAUAUUACUAAUUAAAAUAUUAGAUAAUAUAAAUAAACACUUGACCACCCCUAUAACGGUUCAUAACAUUGUGAAUGCAUAAUCGCGCCAAAAAUAUUUAUUCAACCGUCUGAAACUGCAGAUGUGGACCACUGAUAGACAUCGUAAGUGUUCAAAAGACUGUUUUCUCCUAAAAUAGGAGUUUGUUUUUACAUACAGCCUAAACAUAAUGUCAAAUUAGAUGCAUAGUUCGUAUAAUUUGACCUUCAGUAACUUCUAAAAUAGUUAAUCAGAGGAUAGGCUACUUGUGGGGCAGAAUACACGACAUAUUCACUUAAACACUGCAAACUUAAACACGUUUUUAUUAAUAACUUAGAUAUAAUGUAAAUAAAUACAUAUAUUUGAUUCACCAAAUUCCCAAACAUUACCGAAAAGGAUGACCCUUUCGAUUAUAUAUAUGUAUAAUUCGCACCAACUAGCGUUAAACAAUUACAUUAUAGGCCUACAUUUUCCUUAACCAUGAAAAAUAUUUGAAUUAUAACCAUGGCCCAAAUGCUAAACUUCUUAAAAUUAAACUCGGUCAAAAUAUACUAUAUGACUGAUCAAAUAUCUAAAAUAGUACUAUAUUUUGUGAAUAAUAGCAUUAAGUACGUGCUUAAAUUCUACGAUGUAUGCUUAUAGUGUUUGCAUGGCCUUUACACAACAGCAGUUUAAUAAUGUGAUUGUUCAAUAGAUACACAUGCAGUUGUGUAUGUUUUAUGUGUUGUAUGUUUAUUAUGUUUUUUUAAAAAAUCAAACACUGUAAAAUAAAAAUAGUUUACUCACAAAUAAAGAUUUACUCACAAAUUACUAUCCCUCAAGUGGUUCCUAAUCAAGCUGGUAACCAUUGAUAUCAACAGUAAACAAAUAGGCCUACUAUGGAAGUUAGUGGCUACAGCUUUCCAACAUUAUUCAA